AUGACCAGGACUCAAAAGAAAAACACUUUUCUCUCCCAUCAUUUCCAACAGUCACUCCCCCCACAGCUGAUGUGGGGCAUGGUUUUUGGCUACUCGAAACUGAAAGGCAAAGAGGCAUAUAACUCUGUCUCCAGCGUUCCUCCAGUCUUCCCUUUCAGCCCACAGCAUUACACACACCUUAAGGGCCAAUACCUGAAAAAUGCCGCUGCAAACCUUACCUUCUCUGAGGAGGUGGUGUGGCAGCGAGGGCUGUCCAGUGUUCCCUACAGCCAGUGCAGGUUUGACCACCUCUACAACACAGACAACAUCAUCCAGCCUCUCCCAGUGAGGAAGGCCCAACCCAGGAAACCUGUCAGUUUCAAGUUCUUGGGCCCCUCAGCAAGGGAUGCCUCUCAGCCCAUGAAGACAAAAAGCUCUGCCAGUCCUGAAAAGAAGGAGGAUAAAUCAAAGCCAGCAAGGGCAGUCCAGGAAGCAGCUCACCCUCGCAUCCGUCGUCCCUGCAGGAACCCAGAUGUGGUGGAACUGCCACCUUCUCCAAAUGUGAACCUGGUGGAGAGGGAAGCCUGGCUUCCGCCUCAUGAGAAGGCGGCCAGAGCCUGGGAGGCCAUCGUGCUGGAAAAGCUGAACAAGCGCACAGCCCGAUGGAUCCAGAACAAACGUCCUCUGAGGGCUGGGGUGUCCCCCAGCAAGUGGCAGAACUUCUUGCGCCAGCAGUACGACUGGAGCCACAUCAGGGAUGAGCUCACCUCUGACAGUGACCUGGAGCUCCUGAAACAGCUGGAGGCGGAAGAGAUAGCAGAGUUCGAGGAGGAUCAAAGUGUCAUCAUCCCCCCUGAGGAAAAAAAGAAGCCAGAGCUGCUGCUUCCGGUUUACUUCAGAUUGCCCGGUUACCUCUCACAAGUACAGACAGAUGAAAUCAUGCCUGGCAACAAUAAGACUGCUGAGGAUAUCAAUAAAAAAAAGAGCAUCUGCCAGCCCCGAAACCAGAGCUACUUCCAACAGGUGAACCCACGAGUUGCAUACUCCACAGACAACGCCUUUGAACAGGAGAUUUUCUUUGACCAAGUCCAGAUCAUCCACCAGAUUGGUGCAAAGAGAGACCAGAUUCUCCUAGAAAAUUUCAAUCAGUACAAUAAGCAGUUAUCUAAGAUCUUCCCUGAAAGUCCAGAAAAGUGGUGUUCCCAGAAAUUUCCUGAAGCACUUUGCAGACCUGUGAAAGGAGCCCAGCGCUGGACUGCUCUGCCCACCCCAGUCAAGGAUCUGCUGCAGCAGGGGUAUGAGGAGGAAGAGUCCACUAAAACCAAGAGGUUGAAGAAGCUACCAAAGACACUGGAGGAAGGUGUUACUUGGGAACAGGCGAUCCUGUGGAGAAUGUUACAGGAGUGGAAGACGGCCUGGGGCAUAAUCAUCGAGUGGUACCACGAGACAGUGGAGAACCUGCUGCGGAGCUUGGCCGACAUGCACGAUCACAUUCGGAUCCAAGCCAUCAUCACAUGUGCCACAGCUGCUUUGGAACGGCCCCAGGUUGGCACCAGCCAGGGGAACUCAGCCCCACUUAUCCAGAACUUGCCAGAGGCUCUACAGCCAACCCUGGAGGCUGCUCUUGGUGACAAGAAUCCCAACGUACAGAUGGCAGCAGCAAUAUGCCAAUAUGCCAUACAGUCACAUAAUCCCCGUGCCCAGAAUAUCAUGCAGACUGUCCUUCUGAAGGGUAACACCGUGGACAGCUGGGCUGCUGCUCAGUGCUUGGCUGUAGAAGGUGCUGUCACGUAUCCUGUGAUUAAGAGGAUCCUCCACCAGCUGUUUAAUAAGAAGAAUGAAGACACUGAGGACCGGUCUUGUAUCCUGCUAAGCCAUCUCAGUGGGAAGACAACCCUGAUACACGCCAUGCUGGCCAUGGAGCUGAACAGCAGUCAAUGGGAGGACCGGAUUGUGGCCUGCCGGGCUUUGUCCCGGAUCAGUGGAAAUGUCUGCUUGGAUAUGAAACACAAGUUGAUCCAGCUGAUGUGGAAUGACUGGAAUAAGAAAGUAAGGCAUGCAGCUGCACAAGCACUGGGGCAAAUGAGCCUUGGGAAGGAGGUGCAUGACACAAUCAGGGUCAAGCUGGCUCGAGGAAAUUCCCGGGAGCGUGUGGAAGCCCUCUCCCUGAUAAGUGAGCUCAAGCUCAUGACCGCCAAGCUCCUUCCAAGCUUCCUGCGCUGUUUCUCUGAUGACUUCAUAGCAGUUCGGCGGGCAGCCUGUGUGGCAGCUGGUGCCCUGCAGAUCCAUGACAAGAUGGUGCUCGAAUGCCUCCUUGAUCUGAUACAGAAAGAUCCUUCCUGGAAAAUCAAGGCCUUUGCUAUUCGAGCUUUGGGACAGAUUGGAGAAGUCAGUCCCCAGCUGAUAGAUCUCCUGCUCUGGGCAAUCCACUACGAAGCAUCACCAGGUGUACGACUGGAAGCUUGCCGUAGCAUCCGAGCCCUCAAACUUCAAGGGGACCGGGUCAGAGACACCUUUCUAGAUGUGCUGCUCCUGGAGGACCAUGAGGCUGUUCUAACGGAAAUUUACCAGGCAAUGAAGAUACUCAAUUUAGAAUGUGAAGCAAACCGAGAAAUGCUUCAAAAGAUCAAAAUAAAGAUUAACACGCUAAAUCAAAAGGACUUGCUCACACAGAAAAUAUUCAAGUUUGAGAAGGUCAUCAGAAAAGUGAAGGAAGAAGCAAAACGUAUUUACUUACAACCCAAAGAAGAUCAAGAACCACUGACGCUACAUAGUCUUCUCAAAGCAACUUUUCAGGAUGAAGUGGUUCUUCCUAGAAGACCGUCUGAGGCUUGUGACAUUGAAGCAGUCAUAAAGCCUGUGAUGCCCUGCACACCAAAUCCCUGGUUACAAAGUGCACUCUCAGGCCUAAACACAAGAAAGAAAAGUCACUUGCCACUUGUCAAAGAUCUACGCACCUCCCUGGAGAAAAGGAUUGCUAUGGGACCAUUUGGAUCUCACCAGCCAGCUCUCUAG